CACCAAAGAAUAAGCCAAUGCCAAGAAAAGUAAGAACAAGAUCAAAGUUAAUAAGGCACACCAAAGAAAAAAGCAAACGCUUAAGAGGCAAGACAAAACCAAAUUAUAAAACAGCACCAAAGAAUAAGCCAAUACUUAAUGAAG